AUGGCCUCUUCACAAUCAAAUGUAGGAAAUGGAGUAUACUCACCCGAACUCCGCCUCCACCACUUCCAACGUAGCAUAAACCUCUCCAUCUUCCUCUGGCCCUCCCUAACCCUCGCCGUAACCUCUUCCUGGGGCGGCCCGGAAUCUACCUCCAAACGCGAAUGGCUAGCCGCAACCCUCAUCGAUCUUCUCUCCGACCCUGAAAACCACGACGUAGACGCCGGCUGGAUCGAAGAAUUCCUUUUAAAUGUAAUGGAAGAUGAAUUCGAAGUAGUAGUCGAUGAUGGAAGCGCGUUGGAAGUGGCAAGUGGUAUAGUUAAAUGUAGAGGGGAAUGUGAGAGAGGAGUGUGGGGAGAAGAGACCAGUUUGUGUGCGAGGUUAGAAAGGAAGUGGCAGGAGAAAGGGGGGAAGAGUGAGGAUUUGGCAAAUUUUAAGAAGGGAGCUGAUCAGGAGGAUACGGAUGGGGAUGAGGACAGUGGGGAUGAGGAGGAUGAAGAGGGAGAUGUGGAAAUGGAUGAGGCGCCGCAGUUGGUGAGGGUUAAGGAGCCCGUUGUACCGGAGGUGGAUGAGGAUGGAUUUACGAAGGUUGUUAAGAAGAGGAGAUGA